AUGCCCCCCAAGACGCGCGACCUCGUCCCCGCCGACGCGACAGACGAGAUGUGCGCGUACGAGGCGGAACGCGCGCGGAGGAUCGCGUCGAACCGGCGACGCAUGGCCGAGCUCGGGCUCGCGACGAUGGCCUCCGCGGCCGGGCUCGGCGCGGAGACCCGCCCCGGCGGCGGCGGCGGCGCGCUCCCGGACGGCGACGCGCGCGGGCCUCGGCUGCGACGCGGACGCGCGCUCGAAAAGCUCAAGCGCGGCGCGGCGGGCGCGCCGGCGCGCGCGUCGCGCCGCCUCCGCGGCGUCGCCGCGGACGGCGACGAGGGCGCCGACGACGUCGACGCCGUCGCUCGCGCGCCGCCGAAGCGGCCGCGCUACGACGAGUCCGACGCGGGCGAGGGCGAGAUCAAGCGCAGGGGGUUGCCGUUCCCGGACCCCGCGGACGACCCGUCCUCCGCGAUCGUCGCGCCGUUCUCGCUCGCGUCCAUCGGCGUCACCGUCCUCGAGCUCGGGUCGGUGCAUCGCGCGGCGUUCGCGCCCACGUAUUGGUCCUCGAGAGGGUGCCUCUUUCAUCACGCCUACCCGGUCGGAUACGUCGCGCGCAAGACGCACUUCGGGCGAGAUUUCGUGAUGACGAUCGAGAGGAGCGAGACCGGGCCGGUGUUCAGAGUCACGGACGAGGAGUCCGGCGAGACGUUCGUCGGGACGUCGCCCACCAAGCCGUGGACGGCGGUGUGCGUGCGGAAAAACUUGAAGACGCGCAUCAGCGGGCCGCUGUUUUUCGGAUUCAGCGACCCGGUCACGAUGCGCGCGCUCGCGUCGUUGUACACCCUGGACGAGCUCGAGGCGUGCAAGCGCGGCGGCGUCGUGGAGUCCGCGGAGUACGACCCGCUGGAGGCGCUCGUGAAGGCGCUGUGUCGGCUGGAAGGGGUCGGGCACAAGACGGCGACGGCGCUGGCGACGUCGACGGCGUUUUCGACGCAUCUCGAAAACGAUCUCGGCGGCGGCGGCGGAGGAGGAGGAGGAGGAGGAGGACCGAAGCCGCCGCCGCCGCCGCCGCGGCGGCUGACGAGCGUGGACGAGUUCAGGGCGUGCGCGAGCUCGAGCGCGGGCUCGGACGCGAUCCGCGCGUUUUUGUUGCACUCCGAGACGCUGCCGGUCGCGACGCGGCGGUGGCCGGCGUGGGCGAGGCGCGUCGUUCCGAAAAUUCUCGCGCAGCUCGCCCGCCGCGACGAUUCGGACGCGGUGGACGCCGUCGCGCCGCCGCCGCCGACGGCGAAGAAAAAGAAAGGCGGAGACGGCGUCGCGCGGCCGCCGGCGUCGGCGUCGGCGGCGAAGACGCCCGGGAAGGAGAACGCGAACGCGCUCUCGGCGGCGGCGGCGGCGGUGGCGGCGGCGGCGUCCACCGCGUCCGAGUCGUCGCGGUGGGCGAGCUGCGCGAGCAUUUUCGGCACGGCGGGGUGCAGAGCUCGUGUUCGUGUGCCUGGUCCUCGUCGUGGAGGCGAGCGCGAGCUUGAGCCCGCGCUUCGCUCCCGUCAGAAUCGAAUGGCGCGCGUCACGUCGAAGCUCGGGCUCCUCGCGCGCGUGUUCGCCGGGUUCGCCGUCGUCGAGGGAUGCUCGAUCGGCCAGGGCGUCUUCGGCGCGCGCGUGGACGCGGAGGAGGAGGCGAGGACGAUCGCGAGCCUCACGGCGAAGCGAGCGGAGAAGGACGCGCGAGAGGCAGCUUCGCGCGAGAAGCGAUGGUUCGUGCGCCGCGCGGGCUCGGGCGCCGGCGACGACGCGCCGCCACCGCCGCCGCCGCCGCCCAGACGUCGCCGAAAGCGGUGCGUCGAGUGCAACGCGGCGCCGCACGUCCGGCGCGUCGUCGAGGACCUGUACCUCCGCGGCGUCGUCGCGCCCGCGCACUUCGCGCGCGACGUCGUCUUCGAGGACCCCGCCGCGGCGUGCGUCGGCGUCGGCGAGGUGACCGAGGCGUUCCGCGCGCUGCGCUUCUUCGCGCCGCGCGCGGAGGCGCCGUUCGAGAUCGCGCCGCUGAGCGCGACGUCGUACGUCGUGCGCGCGGAGGUGAGGUAUUCGCUGCCGUUCAUAGGGGGCGAGGAGGGCGUCGUCGUGCGCAGCGACAUCAUCGUCACGACGGUCGGCGAUGGGGGCGAUGAGAUUCGCGACGGAUCCGACGCGCGGGGCGACGCGACGGAGGCGGGGAAGAUCAAACGCGUGGAGGAGCGAUGGGGGGGCGCGAACUUGCUCGAGGGGUUCCCGUUCGAUUCGUGCCGCAGGAUCUUCGGGUGGUGCUGCGGCGUCGCGACGCCGUGGCUCAUCCCGUCCCGGCCGGCGGAGGCGUCGUAG